AUGGCGGAGGAACUGGACAGAGUGCGAGUCUCAGCCGCGGAACUUCGAGCAGAGGCGUCGAACUUAAUCGAUACCGGCGACCAGCGUGAAGGUGAGGUUGCGCGGCUUCGGGGGAAGAGGACUGAAUUCACCGGAAACCUGCAGGAGCAACAGCAGCAUCGUGAACAAUGGCAACAGAGGAGGCAUGAGGUGAAGCGUCCUGAUUUACAGCGUUACCAACCGAUGGCUGGACACGGGCAUUGUCAUCAUGAGAGUGAGGAGGGACAGAGCCCACCACUUACUCACUGUGAGGAUCCUGCUGCUCUGACCCCUGAUUCACAUGAAUGUGUUCAAUUGGUGCAGUUUGAGAAUAAGGCAGUCUCUGACAGAGUGUCAGAGAGACAUGGCAGCACAGAUGGGGGGAUAGGCACAGACAGAGGGGAAGAAGACAGAUUCAGCGGUGAUGGCGAUAAUGGCUUAAACUGCCGAAAAGGCUCUGUGAAUGCCCGCAACAAUUCGCAAGACAAAGUGGAAGGAGGGUAUGGAAGGGAUUGUGAGGAAAAUGACAGAGACCACCAGGAGCCUGCUGGGGCUCCUAAGCAGACUCGAAGGGCCCGUAAGCCAGAUCGAGAGUUUUACCAACCUGGGGGCAGGAGGAACGUUCAGGGGAAGGAGUCCAGAACUGGCAGAGAACAAGGUAGAACAACCCCUAAGAUGAACGAACCAAAGAUGGAGCUGGAAUCCCAGAAUGGGGCACCGACACAGGAGGGAAAUAAAAACGUAACCGCUCUGAAGGAGGGUGUGAAAAACAGGAAGGAGAAAGUAAAAGGGGAGAGAACUGGCGAGACAAACCGGAAGUCGGGGAGAAGAGAUGCGGAAAAGAAAGUGUUGUCCUCAGAUGCCGGAGCAGAAAACCUCACCAGCAAAAUAGGAAAACUGAGUGUGAAAGAGGAAGUACCAGUGGGAGAUGGAGACCAAGCGGGAGAAGAGGUUGGUGGCAGGAGACGAAGGGCCACUGGUGAGGGAAAACGAGGCCAAGCAGGAGGUGUGGGGGCAAAUGAGGUGGGAGAGAAGAGGGAAAGGGGAAAACGCAGAAAAAAGGGAACGGAACGGGAAAGGGAAGGGAAUCAGGAUUCCAGGAAGGGAAGAGCAGAGGCAGACAGAGAUGGAGUGGCAGAAGGGAGGAGUGAGCACAGGGUCACUCCAAAGAACAAGAGUGUGUCAGAGUCAAACAGACAGAAGGAUCCAGACAAGACUGGAGAAAGGAGGGAAGGCAAGAGCAAAGAGAAGGAGCGAGAGAGAGAGAGCCAAAGACGCAAUGGCAACAACAACCACCGGCCCCAAAAUGGAGGCAGAAGCAUGGAGCCAAACAGAAAUGGAGUUUGGGCUGCAGAGGGCUGUGAGAGCAACCAACCAGAUAUCCAGACCCUGUCGUCAAAACGCUAUUCCAAAUCUGAUAUUCGACGCUCACGGAACCGGAACCGCACCUACAGCAGCAGCUCUGCCAGUAGUGCGACCAGCUUAGACAAUCCCAUGCCACGGCUGGAUAAAGACCAGUGGCAGAGUCCUGGGUGCAGGGACAUGGCGAGGGGGAGGACCUCUGGAGGAGUAGUGGGGGGGCUCCAGAGCUGGACCACAAAUGGAGAGUCGUCCACAGAAUCUCUGGAAGGGAGUGAGAUGAGUGACACGUUGGAGGACAGAAGGAGAAGGAGAGAUGACGAGGAGGACCUAGCUGUGGAGACACAAACUGAGGAAAAGAACAGACAGAAGGGACAUAAAGGAGGAGCCCGGGGAAUCCUACGGGUGUCUCUGGACAAACAGCCUUGCACAUCUCACUCCACCUCAGCACUUGACGAGUAUGCCAAGCAUCACAAGCACAGUUCAGAUCCUCGUGGCAGAGGGAGGGGUAUUUUAGUGCUUCCUGCCCACACUGACCUCUCAAACUCACCAGAGUCUGGACCAAGGCUCCUGUUUGGUGGAAAUAGAGGUGGGGGAGCUGGCAGAGGAAGAGGAGGUAGAGGAGGAGGGGUGAGGCGACUCUGGGAUCCAAACAACCCUGACCAGAAACCUGCUCUUACUCGGAGCCAGCCCUCCCAGCAUUCAUCUCUCCAACAGCCAAUGUACUUGCAGGUCGGGGGUGGGUCCGGACAGCUUCACUUUCUGGAUACAGAUGAUGAAGUGGUGGGCAGUCCUCCUGUCCACCAAGGGGAGUAUUUUUCGACGCAGCAGCAUGCUGCUGCUAUAGCCUACUACAAGUUCCAAAACUCUGACAACCCUUACAGCUACCCCAUGGCCACCAGCAAUCCCCAUAAUUCCAAUGCCAACACCAACCAGCGCUAUCCAUACCCUUACCAUGUGGGGCCCUACCAAAUGGCCCCAACUAACAGCAUGUACCCAAGCUCUGGCAUGGGCCAGCAGUUCUGUGCGGGUUACAGGGGAUCUGGUUACCCACAGCCAGGAGCAGGGGGUGGUAUGACCCCUGAAGAGAUGGAGCAACAGGCCAGGGGGGAGCUGGGGAGGCUGCUUAGGGCAGCUGACACACAGGAGCUCCAGCUCAGUAACCUGCUGUCCAGAGACAAACUGAGUGCUGAUGGACUUGAUCGCAUGGCCCAGCUCAGGGCAGACCUAUUGACACUUUACGAGCAGGUUAUCUUAACCGACAUCGAGUUCUCCGAUUCCCAGAACUUGGACCAGGCGCUGUGGAAGAACGUCUUCUAUCAGGUGAUAGAGCGGUUCCGCCAGCUGCUGAAAGACCCAGGCAUGGAAAACACCCCUCGCAUCAGGAACAUGCUGCUCACACUGCUGGAUGAGGGAGCAGUAUUCUUUGAGAAGCUGCUUCAGAAGCUGCAGACAGUGUUCCAGUUUAAGCUGGAGGACUACAUGGAUGGCAUGGCUAUCAGAGUUCGGCCGUUGCGCAAAACGGUGAAGUAUGCUCUCAUCAGUGCGCAGCGCUGUAUGAUUUGUCAGGGAGACAUAGCCCGCUACCGGGAACAGGCCAGCAAUUCUGCCAACUAUGGCAAGGCCCGCAGUUGGUACCUGAAAGCCCAGCAGAUUGCCCCUAAAAAUGGACGACCUUACAACCAGUUGGCCCUGCUGGCAGUCUACACAAAGCGGAAGUUGGAUGCUGUUUAUUAUUACAUGCGCAGCUUGGCAGCUUCCAACCCUAUCCUCACUGCUAAGGAGAGUUUGAUGAGUCUGUUCGAAGAAGCUAAGCGCAAGGCAGACCAGCUGGAGAGAAGAAAGAGGCAGGAAACCGAGGGAGGCUCCAGGGGCCCGGCGGUGCGAGGAAGAGGAAGAGGGGAGGAGGGAGCACGUGUGGAGAUUUGGAUUCGCCCCAGCGGACAUGUGGUAAACCCAUCUUCACAUAGAGGAGGCAGCGAGUCCAGCAGGGACUCUGAACAGGACGGAGAGCUGUGCAGUCUCAGUGCCAGCGAUCUCAAUAAGAGGUUUAUUCUGAGUUUCCUGCAUUCCCACGGGAAGCUCUACACUAAAGUUGGCAUGGAGUCCUUUCCUGGAGUAGCUCGCCGUGUCUUGCAGGAGUUGAGGGCACUGCUCCAGCACAGCCCGUGCCCUUUGGGCAGUACGCGUCUGCUUCAAAUCAUCACCAUCAACAUGUUCACCAUACACAAUGCCCACAGCAGAGAAGGAGACGGGGAGGUGCGCUCGGCUCUGCAGGAGCAGACCACAGCACUGGGCUUGGCCGUGUUCGCAUUGUUGGUACAGCGCUGCACAGACCUGCUCAGGGAAAUGCCCACAGAGCCCAUUGCAAUUGAGGACGGAGAGGAUGUGGGCAAAGGGGAGGAGUUAGAGGGCAUGGUAAGAGUCUCUGCCUUCUUGUUGGACCUCAGAGAGCUUCUCCCCAGCAUCAAGGUGUGGUCCGAUUGGAUGUUGGGACACCCUGAUGAGUGGAAUCCCCCGCCUUGCAGUAUUGACUGCAGCCCUGAUGUCUGGCAGUGCCUGGCUGACUUAUGCAAUGUGCUGGCACGUGUGGACCAUGCGGAGGUGCCGCUGUACAAAGCCGACACAGAGGAGGGAGACGGGGAUGAGGAGCUGAGUCUCCUGCUCUUAGAAGAGGACAGGCUCCUAGCCGGCUUUGUACCCCUGCUGGCUGCCCCACAGGAGCCCUGCUACAUAGACAAGCACACUGACAUGGCUAUAGCAGCAGACUGUAAGAGAGUGACAGUGUUGAAGUACUUCCUGGAAGCUUUGUGUGGACAGGAAGAGCCUUUGCUGGCGUUCAAAGGAGGUAAAUAUGUCUCUAUGGCAACGUCUCCUCUACCUAACCACUUGCCAGAUGGAAGGAACAGGAAGGACUCUCACACAGAAAAAGAGGGUGACGAUGUUAUAGUAGAAGCAGAGUCAGAUUCUCUGUCCGUGUCUGAGGGGGACGUGGAUGUCGAGGAUGAAGGGGACAGUGAGAAUGACAUUAAAGAAUUAAGAGCUCGACGCCACGCUUUAACCAACAAACUGGCCCAGCAGCAGCGGCGCAGGGAUAAGAUACAGGCAGUAUUGCAGACUGGCAGUCAGUUGGAGCUGGAGGUCCGUCCUCUUUUCUUGGUGCCAGACACCAACGGAUUCAUCGAUCACCUGGACGGGCUGAAGAAACUCCUCCAGACUGGAUCAUACAUACUGGUGGUGCCACUUAUAGUGAUCACAGAGUUGGACGGCUUGGCCAAGGGCCAGGACAGCUUUGGCGGAGGGGGUGGUGGGAUGGGAACGGGUGGGCGUGGCAGCCGCAGCAACAGCAGCACCAGUGGGGCUCACGCUCGAGCCGUGCAGGAGAAGGCCCGGCUGGCGGUGGCAUUUCUGGAGAGAGGGUUCGAAGCCAGAGAGCCGCGCCUUAGAGCCCUGACCAGCAGAGGCAACCAGCUAGAGUCCAUUGCCUUCCGCAGCGAAGACACCUCUGGGCAGCAGGGCAACAAUGAUGAUGUGAUUCUGUCCUGUUGUCUUCACUACUGCAAUGAUAAAGCAAAGGACUUCAUGCCUGAUCAGAGAAAUGGGCCAGUGCGGCUGCGGAGAGAGGUGGUCCUGCUCACUGACGAUCGAAACCUGCGGGUUAAAGCUCUGACGCGCAACGUCCCAGUCCGGGACAUCCCUGCCUUCCUCAGCUGGGCCAAAGUGGGCUGAACUGGGCUAGGCUUGAACCCUAGUGCACCCAACAGCUGUAAUCUGCUCGCUGCUCAACCCAGGAGUAGAGAAGACAUACUAAAGCAGAGGAGGAAGUAGGGGUGAGAGGAGAUGGAGGGAAAUAGAAAGAUGGGAUAAACACUUCAGGUCAAAACACAAGCAGAACUGAGAACAGAGUGGUUGCAGUGAGCUUUUUUUGCCCUCUUGCGAUGAGCUUUCUGAGUGUGUUUGUGUGUAUGUGUUCAGAUCAGGAAGCCACCUCUUGAAGGAGAAGGGAGACUUGAUAUGUCUAGGGAGGGCUGGACCAGGUGAGAGAGGUGAUAAGACAAGAAGUGUUUUUAUUUGCAAGUUGUCUGAUCCAGCCAAUCACCUCUGCAGCCACUUAGUGUGUUUGUAACGAGAACAAGUUUACAAUUUACGGCUAAGAUAGACUCAUCUAGAGAUGGGGGGGGGGCAGUGUAUAAGGUGUUGAAUGACACAAAUAAGAUGGAAGGCCUUAGUUGGCUUCCCAUGUGUCACACUUUUAAGACUGCUCUGGCCUCUGGAGCACAGCAGAGAAAAAGGAAGGUGGAGAGAAACAGGAAAGAGGGGCUAUGUGUAGUGAGGGGAGAAGCAAAAUCCCAGAUGCCAUGUUUUCCCCUCAAGUAUCCCCUAAAGUGAUGUCACGUCCUGUUGAGCCAGGAAGAGCUUGACACCUAGUCGCUAAUGCGAGUUGUCCCUCCAGUUUGACGUUGACUUUAGAAUAAUUUCCCGUUCUGAGUAUUGUAACCAAUAAUUACAAGAAGAAAAAAAAACAUCAGGAUUUAUUUUUUGGUUUAUUUCUGUUGGUUUGUCACAUUUGAGUUCAAAGAUGUACAAUAUUCUUUCUUUCCUGAGGAAGAGCUCAUUUCUCAAUUUCUAUUUUAUAGACUGAUAUAAUUCUGAGCAUCUGCAAGGGCGUCCUGGCUAACUUUGUGUGAGAAGCAACUCAUUAUCUCACAAAGCUUGUAAAAUUUGAAGCUGAUAUGGGCCACAAAGUAUAUUCAUGUAAAGCCUUGUGUUAUUUUAAGGUGUGCAUCGUAGCACAUGGGUGGGGCUUGAUUCAACAGGACAACUGAUGGUGUCAAGUAAGAUAUGAUAUAAAAGCAUGCCAAUGACCUAACAUUAUCUAAUUACCAGUGAUUGUCAGAGUUUUGGUCAUCUCCUAUGUGGAAAACCCCACCCGUCCAAUUAUAGGGAUAAACCAAAACAUGAUUUUGCAAAUUAUCAACCACCGUUUGACCCAGGACUAAUUUUAAUUGCAUUAUUGUUGGGAGUAAGUUUGGUUGCACCUUGUGACUUUGAAGAUAGGUUCACGCAACAUUUGAUAAUAACUUGAGUGCAAUUUUUCUUCUGGCAUCUACAUCCUUUAUCUUUUCAAAUGGCUAACCCAAAGGGAUUUUCCAUUCUGUUUGUAUUUUUAGCACCAGUUAGCUCUGCUAGAGGCAACAUCUUAGGUGUUCAAAUAUAUUUUAUUGUCAUUAUUUUUUGGAUAUUUUUUUUCACUAGCUAAUUUAGUUGAACUAAUUUAACUAAAAGGAGUGGCUUUAUGCAUGAUGCUCAAUAAUCCAGGUAAGAAAA